AUGCCGAGCCAUUACGCUUUUCAGGUGGCUCACCAACUCGUCGACAUCGCAGAAGCACUUUACAUGAAGCAGAAGGAGGAACAAGAAAAUGAACGGCGGCCAGAUCGAAAUCGAAACCACGAGCAGCGGGACAAACAGCGUAGAGCUAACGAGUCUCGUUCGAAAGAUAAAUCGCCAGGACGUGGGAGAUACAGACCACAAUCAGAUGAGCCACGUGAAGGCCAACAUCGAGACCACGCGGAACGAAAUAGAGGACUCGAGCCCAGUGACCGUCGCUCAGAAGAAAGAUCGUCAUCAGAACAUAGGAGACACAGGAAACACAGAUCACAUAGCCACCACGACCAAUGUCCUCACUGCCAUCAUAAUACCGCGCACCGAGAUGAGGACCGUCAUCGUCGUGAAGGCCAUCACGAUGCCGACAAGAAAUACUCUUCAGGCCACCAUUACCAGAACUCUCGAGAGGAAAAGAAGGAACCGCACCCAGUGGUCUACUUAGCUCAGAAACUUUUUAACAAACCCAGAUCAAAGCCAGAACCUUCGACGGACGAUGAGGGGCAUGCACGCGGUGCUAAAGACCGAGAGCAACACACCGAGAGAGGUACACAACAAAGGGCGGUAGACUCAAAAUAUGCGCAGUUGGGAAGGAAGAACCCAGAGUCGCACGAUCGAGGACAUCAAGAUCACGCACGUGCGACCGUGGAGCAGGAUAAACCAUAUGGAGGCUCUAGUGAGAAGAUGGAUACAAGUAAAGAGAAUCCACAUCGAAAGAGGAAGAACUUGGCGUCUGACGACAAGAGCGAUGGGAAGGCAAGUGACAGCGCAAAGCGAAAGGGAAUGUAUAGCGGUAGCGAUAAGGAGAAUCCGCAUCGGAAGAAGAAAGACCUGAUGUCUAAUGACAACAGUGAUGGGAUAGCCGCAAGUGACACCACCAAAUAA